AAAACAAUCUCUCCUCCCCCUCCAAAUAAUUUAAAUCCUGAUUUUCCAUGCUGCAUAAAUGGAAACCCUUCGGUUUCCUAGCAAAACCUCACAUUUGCUGCCGUCUUUCUUCCCUAACCUUAUUCAAACCUUCAGUCUCCGUUGCCAGGCUCCUAGAAGAAGAACCCUCUCUUUCCCACUCUCCUAAAGACCCUGUUUUCGAGAUCCUUUCCGGGUUUAAAAAACUGGGUUUUAGGAGGUUUUUAGCCGGGGAUUACUUUGGGAAUGUUGUUUUCAGUUUGGAUCAAUUACAGGUUGAUAAAAUUAUAGACUUUUUGAGAGUUGAAAGCCCUGAUUUUGCUGCGGUUUUCUUUGAUUUAAUGAGGAAGGAGUAUAGGUUUCGGCAUUCAAGGUUUUCUCGGUUCGUUGUGGCCCAUGUUUUGGCGGGACAGAGGCGACUCGAGGAGUUGCGGUUUGUUUUGGAACAUAUGUUAAAAGAGGAAGGCUCUGGCUCUGCUCCAUCACUUUGUGAGCACCUUCUGAAUGGCUUUAGAGACUGGGACAAGAACAGUUUGGUAUGGGAUAUGUUGGCUUUUGUUUAUUCAAGAUUUGAGAUGGUUCAUGAUGCUCUCUAUGUUCUUGCGAAGAUGAAGGACCUUAAACUGCAUGCUUCAAUAGUGACCUAUAAUAGUCUUUUAUACAAUUUGAGGCAUACGGGUAUCAUGUGGGAUGUGUAUAAUGAAAUCAAAGUUGCUGGAACUAUUCAGAGCAAGCAAACUAAUUCUAUAGUCAUAGAUGGCCUUUGUAGGCAAUCUAAGCUACAAGAUGCAGUUUCAUUCCUGCAAGAGACUGAAGCAAAGGGGCUUGGGCCUUCUAUUGUUUCAUUAAAUACAAUUAUGUCAAGAUAUUGCAAACUAGGUUUCACCGAUGUUGCAAAAUCAUUUUUUUGCAUGAUGCUUAAGUAUGGACUACUUCCUGAUGCAUAUAGCUAUAAUAUUCUUAUUCAUGGACUAUGUAUAGCUGGUUCCUUAGAAGAAGCAUUGGAAUUCACGAGUGACAUGAAGAAGCAUGGUGUAGAGCCUGAUAUAGUAACAUAUAACAUUCUCACAAAAGGGUUCCGUCUACUUGGUCAGAUGGAUGGGGCUUGGAUACUCAUUCAAAGAAUGCUGGAUAAAGGGUUGAAUCCAGAUGUUGUUACAUAUACAAUACUCAUAUGUGGCCAUUGUCAGAAUGGGAAUGUCAAGGAAGGAUUAAAGUUGCGAGAAGAGAUGCUUUCACGUGGUUUACGGUUGACUGUCCUCUUAUACAGUGUAUUGCUCAGCAGUUUGUGUAAGAUUGGACGGGUUCACGAGGCACUGGUGUUGUUCUAUGAAAUGGAAGAGCAGGACUUGGAACCAGAUCAUGUAACAUAUUCCAUCCUUAUUCAUGGGCUCUGCAAGCAAGGAGAGGUGCAAAAUGCUCUUCUACUAUACAAAGAAAUGUGCUCAAAGAGCAUUCCCCCAAGUUCGCUUUCAAGUGGGGCCAUUCUCUUGAGUUUAUGUGAGAAUGGGAUGAUAUUGGAGGCAAGAACGUAUUUUGAUUCUCUGAUAAUGAAUGACUGGGCACAUGAUAUUGUUCUCUACAAUAUUAUGAUUGAUGGGUAUGUGAGGCAGGGAAAUCUUGAGGAGGCUCUAGAGUUAUAUAAGAUAAUAACAGAAAAAGGGAUUACUCCUACUACAGUGACUUUUAAUUCUCUCAUUUAUGGGUUCUGCAAAAAUAGAAACUUAGCUGAGGCUAGAAGAUUAGUGGAGACUAUAAUGCUGCAUGGGUUGGAACCAACUGCUGUGACGUACACCACACUUAUGAAUGCAUAUUGUGAAGAUGGAAAUAUGCACUGCAUGCUUGAGUUGCUUCGAGAGAUGCAUGCAAAAGGUAUUAGGCCAACUCAUGUUACUUACACUGUAAUUAUCAAAGGGCUUUGUAAACAGAAGAAGUUGCAAGAAGCUAUCCGAUUGCUUGAGGAUAUGCGUUAUAUGGGUCUCAACCCUGAUCAGGUAACAUAUAAUACUAUCAUACAGAGCUUCUGCAAAACUCGAAACGUGAAAACGGCUUUUAAGUUAAUCAAUGAAAUGUGGCUGAAUAGUCUGGAGCCUACUCCAGUCACAUAUAACAUUCUCAUAAAUGGUCUCUGUGUACAUGGUAACCUUGAGGAUGCUAAUAAGGUACUAUUUUCUCUUCAUGAACAAAAUAUCAAAUUGACCAGGGUUGCUUACACCCAGAUAAUCAAAGCACAUUGUGUGAAGGGUGAUGUGUACAGUGUAUUCAUGUUCUUUGGCCUAAUGAUGGAGAAGGGCUUUGAAAUUUCAAUAAAAGAUUAUAGUGCAGUUAUCAAUAGAUUGUGCAAAAGGUGUUUGAUAAUUGAGGCACGACAUUUUUUCUGUAUCAUGUUAUCUCAUGGCAUUUCUCCAGAUCAAGAAAUUUGUGAUGUUUUGCUCAAUGCUUGCCAGCAAUGUGGUGAUCUCAGAUCUGUUUAUGAAAUGCUUGCAUGGACAAUCAAAUCUGGCUUACUUCCUCAGAAAUAACAAAAAUAAUGAUUUUCAUUGAGAAGGAUCAGCCUAAUUGGUGAUGCUGAGGUUUUCUUGAAGGAUGAAAAGAAGCAUGGGAGGUAAUUAGCAUGAUUUCAAUCUUUCAUCGGCGAAAUUCAAUCUUAGGUGCUCAAGAGUAAUCAGCUUUUGGAGCUGCCAACUGCUUGGCAGUCUGUUCAUUUUGC